GGAAGUUUCCAGAAUUUAUUUGAAUAACCUCAUACAUCUUAUACCGUGUUGUGGCUGCUACAGAGGACACAAGAGUUUACCUGGAAGACACAGGAUUCAAUAAGGGACUCAAGAUGACACUCCACACCUGUCUCAUGUUUUUCCUGCUGACGCAUGGAAGCCUCUCUCUCUCCAGACCGCAGUGUUACACAUGUGACCAAACAUCCUGCAAGUGCUCAAGACAAAACCUUGAAAAAGUCCCUGUAACCCCUCUAAAGCUCGUCACUGAACUCGACCUGUCAUUCAACAUGCUGACAACCAUAGGGAAGAACGACUUUGAUGCACAUGCCAGUUUAAUAUCUUUGCUCAUGAACAACAACCAAAUCAACACGAUUGAGGAGCAAGCAUUUGCAGAGCUGACUAAUUUAGAGAAACUGGACUUGUCCUUCAACAGACUGGAGACGUUGUCUGCUGGAUGGUUUGAGAAGCUGUUUUCUCUUCAGCAUUUGAACCUUUUGGGCAAUACAUAUAAAACACUGGGUCAAGGUGGUCUUUUCCAGCCACUGAAGAGAUUGAGGAUCCUUUAUUUUGGAGGACCAAACUUUUUUCAUAUUAGAACAGAGGACUUUUCUGGUCUCAGUCAUCUUGAAGAAAUUAUUAUUGAUGGUAUGAAUCUGAAAGGCUACGCAGGAGGAAGUUUAAGUCAAACUAGGCCAAUCGAGCGUGUUACACUCAGUCUAGAUGAUCUAAAAUUCUUCUUGACUCAUGGGCAGAUCAAGGAUGACCUCAAAUUUGACCACUUGGAGGAGGUUGUUUUUAAAAGUGUUGAUGUCCCUGAUUUCUGGAAAUUCCCGGUUCUAACAUUCCUGGCAUCUGUGCUGAGGGUGAUUCGCAGGUUGUCAGUCGUCAACUCCAAAUUGUAUUUUAUACCUUGUAUAACUUCGGUCUUUUUCACACAUCUGGAGUAUUUGGACUUCAGUGAAAACUUUUUAACUGAUCGGACUCUUAGUGAAUUUAUGUGUAAAGGUGUUCUACGGAGUCUGCAAACCAUCAAUAUCAGUUGGAAUCGCAUGCUGGUGAUCAACAGCAGGAUCUUCACCAGAUUGGACAAGCUUGAACGUCUCGAUAUGAGUGGAAAUGGAUUUCAUAAUAUGCCUGAGACUUGUUACUGGCCACCCAGUCUUCAGGUUUUGAACCUUUCUUCCUCUCAUUUAACAAAAGUGACAGCAUGUUUGCCACAGAGUUUACACAUUCUUGAUCUAUCAGACAAUGCUUUAAUUAUUUUCAACAUCAGUCUGUCGUUUCUUAAAGAGUUGUACAUCUCUGGAAACAAGCUAAGAAGUUUACCAGAUGGUGGUUUCUACCCUGGUCUCGCAAUGCUCUCCAUUCAAAAUAACGACCUGCAGAAAUUUAGCAGAAAUAUUCUAAAUGCUUUCAGCAAUCUGACAAGUUUAAAGGCAAGUACCAGCACAUACAUUUGUUCAUGUGACUUUGUGGUGUUCAUGAAGAGUGAAGUGGUCCAUCAUCAGGUCUCAUUAAGAGAUGAGUUCAGGUCUUACAUAUGCGACUCCCCUGAUGGAGAAAGAGGGAGAAGCGUAGGAGAUGUGAGCUUGUCUGUGUUCGAGUGUCACACAGCCUUGGCUUUUUCUUUACUCUGCUUGUUCAUCCUUGGAGUGAUUUUGCUCAUUGUAGGUUUGUGUCACAAAUUCAAUGUUUUGUGGUAUCUAAAGAUGACCUGGACCUGGCUGAGAGCUAAGAGGAAGCCCAAGUUAAAGAAGGGAGAGCUUGAGUUUGACGCCUUUGUGUCAUACAGCGAAAUGGACUCUAGCUGGGUGGAGGCACACCUGGUCCCUGAGCUGGAGCAGGUGGAGCCUCGUCUCCGGCUCUGCCUUCACAAGAGAGACUUCUUACCUGGAGGCUGGAUCCUGGACAACAUCAUGGACGCCAUAGAGAGGAGUCACAGAACUCUGUUUGUCCUCUCUCAGCAUUUUGUCAGGAGCGAGUGGUGCAAGUACGAGCUGGAUUACACUCAUUUCAGAAUGUUCGAUCAUAAUGAUGACUCGGUUGUGCUGAUUCUGUUGGAGCCCAUUGACAAAGACAGCAUCCCCAAAAAGUUCUGUAAGCUCCGGAAAGUCAUGAACUCUAAAACAUACCUGGAGUGGCCUGAUGACGACACCCAGAUCCCCAGAUUCUGGCAGAGCUUGAGAAAAGCUACUCUGAGACCUGAAAUGGGAAACAGCAAUGUGUAA